GACGAUUUCCAUUGGCUGCCUCUUGUUAACAUUUCGGAGGCAACAGCUAAAUUUAAUAUCACCGAUGUGAAGGAACUCUCCCUAGACCUGGGUCAGGAGGCUGCAAACACCCAUUCGCCUGUCCAAAAGUCCUCACUGCAGACAAAUUUUGAGGAAUUGGCAGAGCCGCCAAGGCAAUCACCGAGUCUGCAAAUCAACGUUACUCCUGGUAUUGAGGAUUAUUCCCUUUUAAUGCUUAUUUUGCUGACUGCACUGCUAAUUUAUCACUCUAUCUAUGAUUCUUCAAAAGUCUCAAUGCCUACAACACAGGUUGGGGCCAAAGUGCUGAAUGAAGUGUUCAGCAUCAGUGAAGCGUGUUGGAAUAACUUACCUCAUUGUUCUACGGGAGAGCCAUUGCCACAACUUGACCUCCCAGCUUGUAUUCCUUCAAUGAGUCAUCAGCCAGUUGCGCUAUUCACCUUCAAAGACCCCAAUCUUCUUGCUCCACCGGAGUUUAUGACUCCAUAUUCUUCAAGUUUUCCCCGUCGUUCUUCCGACGGUGCUGCGGACAUGGCGACCUUGCACAGACCAUAUCCCCUCUUCGGUGGAAGCUAUCCAGAACAGGCAAACUAUAGAUCAGAGUAUAAUUCCGCAUCGACUUCACCCCAGUCUGAUUGUCCCGCUCAAGUGCGAGUCGGACCUCAUGAAGGUCAGAUGGCAAAUGAGCACAGUGAACUAAGAAAUUUGGAGCACAUUAAAUCAGAGCUUCCGGAGUCGACAACUCAACAAGCAAGACCAAGUGUGGCCCGUCAGGACACCCUUGCCACUGGUAUACAGGUGAUUUCGACCCAGAAAAGGUUUUCACUACCUUUGAGACCAGCCCCCUCGUUAAUAGAGCACUUUUCUUUCGACAAAGAACCGGGGAAAAAUUGUGUUUGCUGUUGCGAACAGUUGGUCGACACCUUUCUGGGUGAAAAUCAAGGGAAAGUCAACCUGGAAGCAAUCAAUGCUUUUAAGCUUUCUCUCCUGCAACAAGGGGCUGUUGGAUUUCCUGGCGUCCAAGAAGGAACUGAAAAUCGUAGUCUUGGAGUCUGCAAGAGUAUGCCCAUGCGUCGAGGGUCAGAAGCAACCCAAAUGCGUAUUUGGAACCAGCGUAUUGCUCAGACCUACGGAACAUCGCAUAUGCCACUGCGUCGUAAUGCGUUUUCACGAUGGUUGAGCUACGAAACGAAGGACCAAUUGGAAGCACUUUCGCAGGUGAAACGUCAAGAAUUGCGUGCGAGUGCAAGCGCUAAUGUUCCAAAAGCUGUCCAAUUAGAACGGUCUGUUGAAACUCAACGCGCUGGCAGUGUUCCUUUCGCCCAUCGUCACCAAAAAUCGCCUAAACGUAUCACCAUUUGCCGCGUUGAUAGCCAGCACUCUCUCGCAAUGGCUGAGUCCUCCGAAAGCCCUGAUCUUGGCGCCUCGGUGUUGAAGCGGGCUGGAGAGGAGAGUGAUGCAUUUAGAGCAUUUCGCCCACAUUCUUCGUGGAAUGAAAAACUGACUGCUGGUAACUGUAGGCGGCAAACACUACCAAGGAGCAAAUCUCAGGUGUCCUGGACUGAUGUUAAGCGAUGCGAUUCCAUUAGCUUGAGGAAUGCUCUUGUAGAUCCCACAGCGUAA